AUGCACAAUCAAUUCGCAAACACACAUUUUCUCGUGUGGGAAAUCUGCGGUUCUGAACAGUUUAAUGGACAUCUAGUUUUGCCUAAUGGUGAGAAUGGAGCUAUCAGAGCUCCAAUUUGCAUUGGUCUACAACGGGAUACUUCUAUCAGCAGCAAAUAUAGCAACUUUUCUUCAAGCUCCAUACAUUAUUCUCAAAGAGUUGUGUAUUUAAGUAUGUGGAUAAGGACUUUAUGCUAUCACUGGCUUAAUCUUCUGGAACAACAAUUCAUUCUUCAUUUGAUGCUAAACGCGGAUAAGGAAUUUCUCGCCCAAAACAGUGCUCUUCAUCGAAACUUCUUCCAUGUUAGGAAAGUUGAUACUCAUGUCCACCUCUCAGCAUGCAUGAACCAGAAGCAUCUUUUAAGGUUUAUAAAUUCUAAGCUAAGGAAUAAACCUGGCGAGAGCUUGGAUUUUCACGGUGAAAGAAAUGGAUUUGGCUUUGGCGGCUGA